AUUAUUUUCACGAAUAGUUUUAGAACGUUUUGAUGCAAUUAUGUUGCCGUCUUCACCAUCGCAGAUUUUGAUCGAUAACUACAGAUUUGACAACUCAGAGACGCGUUGGUUUACGGUACAUAUUAUGGUAAUUAUUCAAUAAACAUCCAAACAAGUAAUCUUUCCUCAAAACUACUAGCCAAUCAGAGUGCGGAUAUCUGAAUGGAUCAAUGACGUAAGUAGUAAACAUGCAAGAUGGCGACGAAAGGAGAGAGUGACGACUUGAGAUUACAACAUCAGCAGCUCCUGUUGUCAUUGAAGUCCACAGUGGAAGGAUUAUUAGCGUCACAUAGUUCUAACGUCUGGUCUACGUAUGGCGGGCUAUCUAGACUCUGUAGUGAUGUUGAAAACAUUCUCAGGCAUGGAGUCAGACAACAGCAGGGUUUAUUUACAACGGGUAGCCAGUACUGGACGUUCAUCAAAGGACUUAGAUGGCUGAAUCCAGUAUCGGCACCACUUAUAGAACAUACGGCUAAACGGUCGUCAGAUGAUGUUGUGGAUCGAGGUAAAGCGUGGGUCAAACAAAGCCUGCAAGAUCAUAACUUGUCGGCACAGCUGAAAAUAUUAGUGGAAAAUGAAGAUCACUUACGGCAGUGCUAUUUUGAUGGUGCAUUCCUUUGCAGUCGUUCACACUACCACGCUAUGCACAUAUGUUUGAAGUCUGUUGAGGAAAACAACCCAGCAUUACUGGCGGAUCUUGAUCCCAAAUUGUUAAAGCUGAGAAAGAUCUCGCAUACCAGGAGUUCUUCGUUACCAAUAAAUCCAAUUCUAGGACAUUCAACUACAAAUAUGGCAAACAGCAAAGACACUACCCCAAUAUCUAUGCCUACAAAAGCUGUGUUACACCCACCACAGUUUGCAUCUCCAAAAACAGAAACUAUUUUAACAACGUCUGACGAACAUGCAACAGCAACCAAUGUCCCAUCCAGCCCUGCGGAAAGACUGGAAAGACGGAACUCGGCUAAAAAUAUAUUGUUGUCUGUCUUGGAAAAUACAGAUUAUAGGAUCGGUAUAAAUAGUGAUUACGCUUUCCCCAAAAUCGCCAGCGACCCGCUAAUGAAUACGCAGUUUCACCUUGAUUCCAGCUAUGCAAAAAAUAUGGACAAUAACACAACUCAAAAGAAUCACCUGAAAAAUAGUAACAAAUCAAACGGUGCUAAGAACUCAACUCAAAGAAAAACAACUUCGCUUCCUAAAAAUACUCAAGAGAACAUUAAGGAGAAGAGGUUUCGAAAAGAGCGCAAAACAAGUAGCGUGAACGAAGACGAAGAAUUGUGCCAUGUGACUGAAGAGGAGGAGGGUGAUGAGGGAAUUGAGUUCCCAAGGAAACCACUGAAUAUAAACCGGACAUUAUCUAACAACAACAAAGAGUUGUUUGCUAAUGAUUCUGAUGACGAACUUAGAGAAGAGGAUAUUUUAAAAAAAAGGACCGCCAAAAAAGAAAGUGAUAAUAGUAGAACGUCUCGUCUGUUUAGUCAGCACACACGAUCCAAAUCCGAUUUGGGAGUUCUUUGUCAGAUACAAGGAACUGAAAGGUAUACUGACAAGACAGAAGUUGAUGGCGCUAAUUUGUCUUCUUCCCUCCCAAGCAAGAUUGAGCAGUCUCAACCUUUUCUGGAUAGAGGCUAUGUGUCACCAACAGAAUGUAUGUUUCCUAAGCCAGUGGAAGGCCAAUCACUGAUGAGUUUUUUGUCAUCACAGGAUUUUCAAACAUGGCCUGAUCUUGACAGGGAAAACGCUCACUUUAGUAUAUCCGAAGCCAUUAUAGCUGCUAUUGAACAGAUUAAAUGCAAUCAACCGAGGAAGUCGGCUGAAGACCAAUCAGAUGCCUCUUCUGACGAGGAAAUCCAAGAACUUCAGCAAAGAAUACGAAUCAGGCGACGAGAGAGACUAAAACAGAAAGCUGUUAUGAUAUCAGCAUUUAGUGAUGGUCGAACUGACACAACUACCGAGACCACUUCCAGUGCCUCUCCAUUUAGCUCUCCAGCAGGAUCUGGUUCUGAAAACUCGGAUGACUCUGGGAGUAGUGAUCAAGUUGAACAGCUCGAUUUAGCAGAUAACACCAAUAGUACUAAUCUGACUGAACUAUCAAAUCUUGGAUUAACAUCAUCUUUAGCAUCUUUAUACUCAGACGCUGAUAUUCAGAAGAACUUGCCACAAAAUGAGUCCUCUUCAAAUAAUCACCAUGACAACACUACUAAAGGCUCAGCAGAUGCCGUGGCUAUAUGUCUAUUAAAGAAAUUCUCAGCCAAAUUAUUGCCAGCAGCCUCAGAUUUAGACUGGCUCGUAUCUGAACAAGAUGUUCCUCAGGCAUUACUACCAUUACCAAAGUCUUUCCCUAUUUCACCCGACGAUGGUGAAAACUCUGAUCUUGCAUUUCCAAACAAAAAUAUUCGAGUACGCGGUAAUUUAGAGUGGGCUCCGCCAAGAGCACAGAUUAUAUUUAACAUCCAUCCUGCACCAAGAAGGAAAGUUAUAAUUGCAAAACAGAACUAUCGAUGUGCAGGUUGUGGAAUGAAAAUUGAACCAGGUUAUAUGAAAAGACUCCGUUACUGUGAAUAUCUAGGCAAGUACUUCUGCCAUUGUUGCCACGCAAACGGCAUGACAGUAAUUCCAGGAAGAAUUCUACGCAAAUGGGAUUUUCACAAAUACCCAGUUUCCAAUUUUGCCCGUGAUCUCAUCACCAAGAUGCAGAAUGAUCCGUUUUUCAACGUGACCGACAUCAAUCCGUCUUUGUACCGAAGGGUGAGAAGUCUAGAAGCAGUUAGGGAAUAUAGAACUCAGUUAUAUUAUUUAAAAGAUUUUCUUCGGACCUGCAGGCAGGGUCAAAGUAUGUGGAAUGAAUUUGACAAGAGACCUCACCAUUUAAUUCACGAUGUUAAUAUUUAUUCGAUAAUUGAUUUACUAAAAGUGAGGUCGGGAGAGAUGCCUCUUGAACUCAGGGAGCUUGUUGAGGAUGCAAUAACGCACGUUACGCAAUGUCAGCUUUGCCAGGCAAAAGGUUUUAUCUGCGAAUUAUGUAACAACAAUGAAAUUAUCUAUCCAUUUGAACUCCACAAAUGUAUCCAAUGUGCAGCUUGUUGGGCUUGUUACCAUAGCAACUGUUAUUUACCAGAUAAGUGUCCAAAAUGUGAGAGAAUAAGAGUACGUAGAAGCAAACGACAAUCCAAGAAUUCUGAUUCAGACGAAGAGUAAAAAUCGCAAAAUACUUGAUCGUGACUCGUAUGUUCUAUUUGAGUGCAAUGUAAUCCUGACUCCAGAGGGCAGUGUAAUACAAUAAUACACACUAUUAAACAGGCCGCAGAUUUUACCCCAAGAAUAUCAUGUGAUCUAUGAUUGAGAAGAAAACCUGAAUGCCAAGGAUUCAACACCAGUGUCUCCUGUAAUUCGUGAACCUCUUUAGGAAUUCGGUGUAAAUUAUCUACUGGUAGUAACAAAGAUGAACUUUUAAAGUUAAGGUGGUCAAGCAAUGUGCAAUUAUUUAAAUAACCAUUAAUUAUUAUUUCAAAAUAUCAGGGAUAUAUGUUGCAAUGCUUUGUAGUUAUGUGGUAGCAGUGAGAAAGUUUCAGAUGGCUUUUUGAAUCAAAUAAAAAAUU